CCGCCAUCUUGGCCGUGCCAGAUGACGUAACUUCCGGCGCGUCUCUCUGACGUCACCCCCGGUUCCGGCGCGGCUGUGGCGGAGCGAGGAGGCCCCGGGAGCCAUGAUCGAGGUCGUCUGCAACGACCGCCUGGGGAAGAAGGUCCGGGUGAAAUGCAACCCCGAGGACUCGAUCCGGGACCUGAAGAAGCUGAUAGCGGCACAGACCGGCACCCGCUGGGACAAGAUCGUGCUCAAAAAAUGGUACACGAUCUUCAAAGACCACGUCACGCUCGGGGACUAUGAGAUCCACGACGGGAUGAACCUGGAGCUCUACUACCAAUAGAGCCCCCCCAGUCCCACCAGUAGAACCCAGUCCGGACCAGUCCCCAGCAGCGCAGCCAGCCCAGUGCUCCCAGUACAGCCCAGUGCUCCCAGUACAGCCCAGUGCUCCCAGUACAGCCCAGUACAUCCCAGUCCCCUCCCCCCAUUUUCCCCUAUUUCCGGCCCGGCCCCGUUUGUUGAUCAAUAAAGGCGAUUUUGGGGCCUCCGGGCGAUUUUUGGGA